AUGUACUUAUUUGUUACAGUUGGUUCUUAUAAAUUUGAUGAGUUAAUUGAAUAUGUUGAUAAUAAAGAAUUUCACUUAUUUUUAAAAAAAAAUGGUUUUACAAAAUUAACUAUACAAAUCGGAAACUCUAAUUAUAUACCUAAAUUAAUAUACAAUUACAAAAAUACAAAUUCAACUUUAUUACAAAAAGUAAAAUAUUUUCGAUAUAAAAAUAAUAUUAGUAAAUAUUAUGAUAAAGCUAAUCUGAUUUUAAGCCAUGCAGGUGUAGGAACAACAUUUGAAUGUUUAAGAAAAAAUAAAAAAAUUUUAAUUGUCCCAAAUAUAAAAUUAAUGGAUAAUCAUCAAAUGGAAUUUGCUCAUUUUAUGUCUACUUCAAAUUAUUUAGAAAUAUGUGAUAAUUUAUUAAAUUUAAAACAAAGUAUUUUGACAUGCUUAAAGACAGAUAAAUAUGAAAAACUCCCAAACCCUCAAACAGAUAAAUUCAUAUCUGAUUUAAAAGAUCUCAUAAAUUUCUAG